AUGGCUUCUGAGGCUGCUCAGAAUUUCCUUCAGCCACUGUCUUCUUGGAUGUCUCAAAUAUACGAAGCUAUCCAACAAGCAGGAGACUCUAUAUCUACUUCACUGCUGAAUUUGAGUGGAGUGGGUCGUAAGUCAGAAGAAGAGAGGAAGGAGGACUUGGAGAAUAAUGGAGGAGUUUAUGAAGAUUAUUCUGAGGAAUCAGAUGAUGAACAACACCUGGACCUCUGGGAUGAGGAAUAUUUAUAUCCUAGAGAAGAUGGUUACAUUGGGGGUCCUGAUCUUGCUUCACAAGUCCUCCCUCAUGGCUCAGACAUGGGUCCACACAGGCAAAACCAGGUUAAAAAUACCAGCAGCUUACCAGAGCAGUGUGUUGAAAGCACAAGGUCUUUGACAGUCAAUGGAUCCUACUGGACGAGUGAAGAUCUCCAGCCACUUGAUCGUCUUCCUCCCAUCGCUGAGGAAGAAGGUGAGCCCUCUGUGAGGAUGGGAGGUCAUGAGCACAACCUCAGCUUGGGUGGCUCCUUAAAAAGUAAUAAUGUCAAGGCAAGUUUUGCAGAUCUGGAUGGACUAAGCCAACUGAGUUACCAAGACAACAUAUCCUAUCAUGAAGAUGACCAUGUAUCUGUUGAUUCAAGAACAACAACCAGGAACAGGGAUGCUAGGCAGCAUAAAGGGCCCAGGAUGGAGCCCAGCAUUGUGGAUGGUGUUAGCCGGGCAGACAUGGAAAGACAUUUGGAAAUGGAGACAGCAUUUGCCAACCAAAGAUUGGAAGUAAAUGAUGCUACUGACAGCUCAUCGGCUUGGAGCCCUGAGGAACAUAAUGAAGUGAACAGUGUGCCAGCUCAUCAUGGUUCUCAUGAGCCCAUCUGCAAAUGUGGUGAUCUAGAUGUCAUCUUCCACUACAACUCCUCAAGUCAAAAGCUGGUAGUCACUAUCUUGGAGGCCAGGGAUAUCCCAGACAAAGACCGCAGCGGUGUGAACACCUGGCAAGUGCACAUAGUUCUGAUGCCAGGCAAGAAACAGAGGGGUAAAACGAGUGUUCAGAGAGGACCCAUCCCCAUCUUUAAGGACAGAAUCACCUUCAGUAAGCUGGAACCAGAGGAGUUAAGCACCCAUGCUAUUCGCUUCCGCCUCUAUGCAGUACACAAGAUGAUUGGAGAGAAGAUGAUGGGAGAGCAGCUGUUCUACCUGAACAACAUCACCCAGGAAGAGGAGAUGAAGGUGACACUGGUCUUGGAGCCAAGGAGUAACCUGAGUAGUGCAGAUUCUCAGCUUAGUCUGUCAGCAAUCUCUCACAGUGAUAGCGCUUCUUCAACACAGUCCCUGUCGCAUGGAGGGGUGCCAGAGCUGCUCGUGGGCUUGUCAUACAAUGCCACUACAGGGCGGCUGUCAGUGGAGAUGAUCAAAGGCAGUCAUUUCCGAAACCUUGCAAUUAAUAGGCCACCUGAUACCUAUGGAAAGCUCUGCCUGCGCAACUCUGUGGGUCAGGAGAUGUCUCGGUGCAAGACCUCCAUCCGUCGAGGGCAGCCCAACCCUGUCUACAAGGAAACUUUCAUCUUCCAGGUUGCCCUCUUCCAGCUCUCUGAUGUCACCCUAAUGAUCUCCGUAUACAACAGGCGCAGCAUGAAGCGCAAAGAGAUGAUCGGCUGGAUUUCCAUGGGGCAGAACAGCAGUGGAGAGGAGGAGCAAAGUCACUGGCAGGAAAUGAAGGAAUCAAAGGGGACACAGGUCUGCAGGUGGCACACGCUGCUGGAGUCCUAGUGGCUGCCAGGGCAGCCUGCAGAUCCUGGGACAAAGGGCUCUCUUACCUUGUUCUCAGUCAGAAGAAAACAGCUACCCUGUGACAAGCACUGAGCUCUGACAGGGCA